CGGACACCGACUUGGAUUUGGAGGAACGGGACUGAGCUUUUAUUCCGGCGGCAGCGCCAGAAACACCUGACAUAUUUCACACACAGUUGAGGGAGAGAGGGUGCGUGAUGUCAGCGAUGGCAGAGGCGGCGGAGACGAGUGGUGGCGCCGGCGGCCGGAGGGAGCUGACGAGCGAGACCAAGGAGAACAUCGCAGAGAGGCUAUCUUCCUUGGAGAACCUCUACUUCCCUCGGGCUCUUCAUUCCUCCGCCUCGGACCCCUCCCAGCGGAAAUCCAUCUUUCUCGACCUCCUCUCCCGCGACGUCGCCGUCUUCCUAGAGAGGUAUGGGUCGCAGUUGACGAAUGGGGAGCUUCAGGAAUUUGAUGGGCUCAAGGAUGACUAUGAAAUCAACUGGCAUUUGAAUCACCUCAGGAGCAUAAAGAGCCCGACUUCAGCUGAACUACGUUCGCGUUCGAUAACUGUCAAGAAUCGGAGGCGGGCUUAUCUUAACAAGCUGAUGCAUGAUGGGCAAUACUUCUCGGAGGAUGCUAUGAGGGAGAGGGAGCCUUACUUGCAUCACGAGUAUGUGGGGAAAUUUCAGGACCCGAGCAGCAGGAGCAUGGCAAGGCCUGGGGAGAAGUGGUCAGAAACAUUGAUUAGGAGGUCUGAAGAAGCCUUUUUGGUAUCAGAGAUACGCAGGGAGCAACAGAGGCUGGGUGUUGCUGAGAGAGACUGGGUUGGAAACGAGAGGAGGCAAGAACAGGAGGAUAUGGAAGAGGAAGAGGAGGAGGAGGAGGAGGAGGAGGAGGAGGAGGAGGAGGAGGAGGAGGAGGAAGAGGAAGAGGAAGAACAGAAGAAUAUGGAAGCAGAGAAAGGCGAACAAGCCAUGAAGAUGAAUGGAUCUUCUCAUGUUGAGUCGACUUCUAGGGGAAAUGAGGGUCCGAGCACGGCUUUAUCUGAUUUGGAGAUGCAAGACCAAAUGGACCAGUUUGUAUAUAUUAUGCAGCAGAAGUUUCUGACAGGUGAAGAUCACGAGCACUUGGAUUAUUCAAAGAUAGACGAUGAUGAGACCCUCGAUGAUCAUUGGCUUCGUGAGGCCAGCCAUGAUGCAGAGGAGAAGUAUUUUGCCGAGGACUGAGGAACCUUGCAUUUUGCCUGUUUUGUCUAUUGACUCGACAUUCCCCGGUAGCUCUUCAUCCUCUUUAUCGGUCUCUGUAGGUGUGUAUUAUGCGAUGCAUGAUUACAUAUUCUGCUUGUCGCAAAUCCAGUUCGAAUCCUGAACUCUCUGGCAACGCUUGUAGUUCAUAUUGAUGGUGCCAUAAUCGUGUCGAUCUAAUCUAUCUGAUUUAAUGGGAAAA